UUACAUUCAACAACAAUCUCCAUUUUUAAAGCUUCAAGUUUUUGCAACUCUAGUGAAGAAGAAGAUGGCAUCCAUCUCCACCUCCCUUCCAAUCUCGUCACCCUCCUUGUCUCUGCUCCAAAAGCCAACGAUCACUGCCCGCAGUUCUCCAGUUCUUCGAUUGCCAUCGAUGAGCAAGAUGGGUAAAGUGAGAUGUUCCGUGGAACGUAAGCCCGAUGUCAUAUCCAACGACAGUGUACCCAAUUUCAUUGUACCAGGAAAGAAUUCAUGGCCAGAGCUUGUAGGGGAAAUUGGGGAAGUGGCAAAAGCGAUAAUUGAGAAAGAAAAUCCACUAGUCAAUGCUAUCAUAAUAUCUGGAAAUUCUCCCACCACGGAUAUGAUGUUUGUGUCCAACCGUGUGAGGGUUGUGGUGAAUGCUGAGGGAUUGGUGACUAAAACACCCAUCAUUGGCUAGUUUAUUAGGUGUGCUUUUGUAGUAUCAAAAUUUUAUAAAUAAACGAUGUGUACUUGUUGUAUCUUAGGAUUGUUGUUGUUUUAAAUAAUAUUGUCAGGUAAGAACUGUAUGUUGUUAGAAUAUUGUUUUAGUAAAUAAAAUGCAACUGUAGCAUGUA